AUGGAUCUCCCACCCGCGGAGGGCCAACUCGGUCCUGGUGCUGCAGCUGUUCCAGCUGCCCCAGAAGCUCCAGUUGUGCCACCUGCUACUGAGGCCAAUGCGACCGCUCCAGCGCCAAAGCCAGCAGAGGCCACGAAUGGUCCUAGCCCCGCCAGCUUCUCAUGGUUGGAUCCUCACCCUCAGUUCGCCAUAAUACUGGUUGGACCAGAUGAGGUUCCCUUCGGUCUGCAGACGGACUUCCUCUGUGCAAAGUCAUCCUACUACAGCAAGAAAUUCAGUGCGAAGGACGACAUUGAGAACCUCGAGAGACUGCCCAACUGCAAGGUCGAGGUGUUCGCUCUUGUCCAACAUUUUUUGUACACUGGCACGGUCAUCCCUGAUGAAAACACUGUCCCUUCGUACGAGGUCCUGAUUGGAGUCUGGAAGUUGGGAAAUGAGCUUGAGAUCGAAGACCUCUGCGACCAUACCCUCGAGGCUAUGAUCGAGGUACGGAAAGCCUCAGCGAGUAUUCCUGCCGCGCCUCUUUUGGUACAGGUGUGGGAGGAUACCCCCGAGGGCAGUUCGAUUAGGAAAUUGCUUCUCGGAUGGGCAGCAGAAUACAUGCGCACCUCCGACUCGAAGGCCGAGUUCGCCAAAUCCCUGCCCCAUAAUGUCCUUAGUGAGUUGGUGGUCGCUAUGGUUCCAUCAGACACCUCACCGCUUGUCCAACUCGGCGAUGAUUCGAAACAUCCAAAUCCGACUCAGCCCCAACGGAAGCAAGUUCAUUAUGUCGACCAAGACGAGGAGGACGUGUCAGAGUCCAUGUACCCAGUCAAGAAGCCACGCCGGUCUGAUUCCUUGCCACAAGCGCCACCAGUUUCGAAGGCAGCUGUUCGAAAGCCAAGGACUUCGCUGCCUGCUCCGAAGCCUGCUCCUCGUCGCCGGUCAAGCGUUGCUGGAAGCGGUGACCAAGAUUUCACCGCCGAACAAAAGCUGUACUUCUGUCAAGACCUGUUGACUAGAAUGUUGUCGGGCCCGGGAUUUUGGACGCGUCUAGUGGGCCCCUUCAAGGAGCCAGUUGAUGCUGUUGUUGACAACGUACCAGACUACUUCGAGAAGGUCACCAAACCAAUGGACCUCAGCACCAUGAAAAAGAAGAUGGACCAAGGUCAAUACACGAGUCACGAAGAGUUCUUAGCUGACAUGAACCAAAUUUUCACCAAUUGCAAGACCUACUGGAAGCCCACAGAUAAUGUCUACGCGGCGUGUGAGAAACUCGAGAAGACUUUUGUGGAGAAAUUCUCUCAGAUGCAUAAAGCCUCAUCUACCGUCCCUGGCCAAAUCUUUACAGUGCGGGACGUGGAAAACCCAGAAGUACGAGCCAGAAAGCGACCCGGAUCACCACCGAUAGGCUCGGAGGCCAUCACUUUGGAGACCCGUAGCCGGCCGUCACCUGCGCCAAACGUCAUCAAUCAUUCACAAGUUGAUCUCACUCCGAAGCCGGCACCCACACAUUCGAAGAUAUCCCAAAGGACUCAGAAUUCGAAUAGCUCUGAAGAAGGCCACCUCAAAGCUAAUAACGACGGCGAUCAAGACUUUGUUCCAUCAUCAUCUGAGUCUACUACCUCUCAAAAUUCGGCGUCACGGAUACCCAGGUGUCUCUCUUCACAGCCUCGAAAAGGCGCAACAGAGUCAGACGCUGAUUACUCCUCGUCGACGUCGACUGUCUUCGAAACAGCCCAGAACUCGGCCAAUGAUACGCCGCUGCUGACGCCCUUGGAAGAGACGGCGGCCAAGCAGUCGAUCGGAUGCAAAGGAGUGGCAUUUGAAGAGUACAGAACUAUGGCGAACCUCAUCAUCUCACCGGACGACUUCUGCGAUGGGAUGGGGUGGAUUGAGGUCAGCGAGCUGACGCAUACUCGACGAUGCGUGGAGCAGAAAUUUUGCAAGUUUGCAACUGACUCUGCUCUCCUCGUCACUACCAGCUCCGACUAA